GAGGCGGUGAAGUGCAUGCGGCACAGCCGGAGCACCACUCUCACCACCGCUCACAUCGCCGCCGCCCUCAGCCUCAGGAACGUGGAGCCGUUGUUUGGGCUGGCAGCGGCGGACAGCGUGCGGUUCCGGCGGGCAGUGGGGCACAGCGACGUCGUCUUCCUGCACGACCCCACCCUGCCACUCUCCCAGGUAACCCGCUCUCCCAGGUGGGCCGCUCUCUCAGGUCGUGUCGUUUGCACACUUUCCUCUUCCCAACUACCAACUCACCUGCACCUUCUCGCCAACGCCACUUCCCCCCCCCCCUUCCAUCCAUUGUCCCCACCUUCGCCCCCCGCAUUCCUGGGCGCCCCAUGCGUCUCACCACGUGCCGCCGUGGGCCCCCCCUCGUUCCCCCCUGUGCCUGUCGCGCGGCAGGUGGUGGAGGCGCGGGUGCCGUGCGCGCCGGUGGACGUGAGUGUGGCGGCGCACUGGCUGGCCGUGGACGGCACGCAGCCCGCCACGCCUGAGAACGCCCCGCCCGCAGGUGGGGUGGUGGGCCGUGCGUCCCAUCCCAUGCACGGCUCACACCACACCAGCACUCUGACUCAGCUGCCGUGUGGGCAGCACUCCGCUCCGUGCCCAUCAUUGCCACCCACACUCAUAUACUUCUUCCCCCCUCCUGCCCUGCGCCCCCCAGGCAUGCCAGCAGCAGCAGCAGUGAAGGCGGAGGCAGGGCGGGCAGCAGAGGGCAGCACACAGCGAGCAACGGGAGGGGCAGGUGGGGGGGCAGGCGGGGGGGAGGUGGUGGAGGUGAAGCUGCCCGUAAAGCACGUGCUCUCCAAGGAGCUGCAGGUGCCGUCCGACCCCGCCCUCCCUGCUCCUGCCUCUCACAUGCACUCCUCCCUUGCACGUCGACUUUCUUCACCGUCCCUGUUUCCCGCCGCCUCCCUGUCCUUUCACUUCCGAGACCCCUUGUUUCUUUUCCCCGCCUUGUGUUGCUCAACCCCCUCACUGCCUCCUUUUAACAACUCCCACUCUUUAUCCCCACACCAACCUCCCCCCCCUCCUCCCACCUUUCCCCCUCGACCACCCGUCCUGCGCCUGCCUCGGCAGCUCUACUUCGAGCGCGUCACCGAGCUCGUGCUGCUCACUGCCCGCCCCGCUCCCCCCGCCACAUCCUCCGCGCCCAGGCCAGGGGGGCAGCAGCAGAGUGUGCUGUCUCACGCGCUGCGCAGUGUGGCGGUGGAUGCGGGGCUGCAUGCGCUUCUGCCCUACUUGGUUCACUUCAUUGCUGACGAGGCCAGUCCCCCUGCGCUGCGCUGCACUGCAUGCCCUCUUCUCCUCUUCUCCUACCCAGUCCUCCCUUCUCUGUACUCUGCGUCCACAUUCACUCAUCAACUCCUCGUACUGGCCCAACCAUUGCAACAUCCCACCGUCUGCAUCACUUUGUCCCAUCGUCUCGCCUCCCAUCUCAUCCCCUCAACACCCCCCCCUGCUGGUGCGCCGUCCCCAGGUGAUGCGCUCGCUGGACGACUGUGCGCUGCUGGGCAGCCUCAUGCGCCUCGCCAGGGCGCUGCUGCUCAACCUGCACCUCCACUUGGAGCCAUACGUGAGUCGGUGCGCGCACAUGGAGCCAUACGUGAGUCUGUGCGCGCACAUGGAGCCAUACAUGAGUCGGUGCGCGCACAUGGAGCCAUACGUGAGUCAGUGCGCGCACAUGGAGCCAUACGUGAGUCGGUGCGCGCACAUGGAGCCAUACGUGAGUCGAUGCGCGCACAUGGAGCCAUACGUGAGUCGGUGCGCGCACAUGGAGCCAUACGUGAGUCGGUGCGCGCACAUGGAGCCAUACGUGAGUCGGUGCGGGCGCAUGGAGCCAUACGUGAGUCGGUGCGCGCGCAUGGAGCCAUACGUGAGUCGGUGCGCGCGCAUGGAGCCAUACGUGAGUCGGUGCGCGCGCAUGGAGCCAUACGUGAGUCGGUGCGCGCGCAUGGAGCCAUACGUGAGUCGGUGCGCGCGCAUGGAGCCAUACGUGAGUCGGUGCGCGCGCAUGGAGCCAUACGUGAGUCAGUGCGCGCGCAUGGAGCCAUACGUGAGUCAGUGCGCGCACAUGGAGCCAUACGUGAGUCGGUGCGCGCGCAUGGAGCCAUACGUGAGUCGGUGCGCGCGCAUGGAGCCAUACGUGAAUCGGUGCGCGCACAUGGAGCCAUACAUGAGUCGGUGCACGCACAUGGAGCCAUACGUGAGUCGGUGCGCGCACAUGGAGCCAUACGUGAGUCGGUGAGCACACAUGGAGCCAUACGUGAGUCAGUGCGCGCACAUGGAGCCAUACGUGAGUCGGUGCGCGCACAUGGAGCCAUACGUGAGUCGGUGCGCGCACAUGGAGCCAUACGUGAGUCGGUGCGCGCACAUGGAGCCAUACGUGAGUCGGUGCGCUCACAUGGAGCCAUACGUGAGUCUGUGCGCGCACAUGGAGCCAUACGUGAGUCGGUGCGCGCACAUGGAGCCAUACGUGAGUCGGUGCGCGCACAUGGAGCCAUACAUGAGUCGGUGCGCGCACGUGGAGCCAUACGUGAGUCGGUGCACGCAUGUGGAGCCAUACGUGAGUCGGUGCGCGCACAUGGAGCCAUACGUGAGUCGGUGCGCGCGCAUGGAGCCAUACGUGACUCGGUGCGCGCGCAUGGAGCCAUACGUGACUCGGUGCGCGCGCAUGGAGCCAUACGUGAGUCGGUGCGCGCGCAUGGAGCCAUACGUGAGUCGGUGCGCGCCAGGGAGCCAUACGUGAGUCGGUGCGCGCGCAUGGAGUCAUACGUGAGUCGGUGCGCGCGCAUGGAGCCAUACGGAGCCAUACGUGAGUCGGUGCGCGCGCAUGGAGCCAUACGUGAGUCGGUGCGCGCGCAUGGAGCCAUACGUGAGUCGGUGCGCGAGCAUGGAGCCAUGCGUGAGUCGGUGCGCGCGCAUGGAGCCAUACGUGAGUCGGUGCACGCGCAUGGAGCCAUACGUGAGUCGGUGCGCGCGCAUGGAGCCAUACGUGAGUCGGUGCGCGCGCAUGGAGCCAUACGUGAGUCGGUGCGCGCGCAUGGAGCCAUACGUGAGUCGGUGCGCGCCAGGGAGCCAUACGUGAGUCGGUGCGCGCGCAUGGAGUCAUACGUGAGUCGGUGCGCGCGCAUGGAGCCAUACGUGAGUCGGUGCGCGCGCAUGGAGCCAUACGUGAGUCGGUGCGCGCGCAUGGAGCCAUACGUGACUCGGUGCGCGCGCAUGGAGCCAUACGUGAGUCGGUGCGCGCGCAUGGAGCCAUACUCGGUGCGCGCGCAUGGAGCCAUACGUGAGUCGGUGCGCGCGCAUGGAGCCAUACGUGAGUCGGUGCGCGCGCAUGGAGCCAUACGUGAGUCGGUGCGCGCCAGGGAGCCAUACGUGAGUCGGUGCGCGCGCAUGGAGCCAUACGUGAGUCGGUGCGCGCGCAUGGAGCCAUACGUGAGUCGGUGCGCGAGCAUGGAGCCAUGCGUGAGUCGGUGCGCGCGCAUGGAGCCAUACGUGAGUCGGUGCACGCGCAUGGAGCCAUACGUGAGUCGGUGCGCGCGCAUGGAGCCAUACGUGAGUCGGUGCGCGCGCAUGGAGCCAUACGUGAGUCGGUGCGCGCGCAUGGAGCCAUACGUGAGUCGGUGCGCGCGCAUGGAGCCAUACGUGAGUCGGUGCGCGCGCAUGGAGCCAUACAUGAGUCGGUGCGCGCGCAUGGAGCCAUACAUGAGUCGGUGCGCGCGCAUGGAGCCAUACGUGAGUCAGUGCGCGCACAUGGAGCCAUACGUGAGUCGGUGCGCGCGCAUGGAGCCAUACGUGAGUCGGUGCGCGCGCAUGGAGCCAUACGUGAGUCGGUGCGUGCGCAUGGAGCCAUACGUGAGUCGGUGCGCGCACAUGGAGCCAUACGUGAGUCGGUGCGCGCACAUGGAGCCAUACGUGAGUCGGUACGCGCACAUAGAGCCAUACGUGAGUCGGUGCGCGCACAUGGAGCCAUACGUGAGUCGGUGCGCGCACAUGGAGCCAUACGUGAGUCGGUGCGCACACAUGGAGCCAUACGUGAGUCGGUGCGCGCACAUGGAGCCAUACGUGAGUCGGUGCGCGCACAUGGAGCCAUACGUGAGUCGGUGCGCGCACAUGGAGCCAUACGUGAGUCGGUGCGCGCACAUGGAGCCAUACGUGAGUCGGUGA